UAAGCUUCAGCUGCCUUUGGUAUAAAAAAAGGCAACUUACAGAUGUAGAUACCGCUAGGAUAGUAUACUUUAGUUAUUUCUAUAGCGUUAUGUGUGGGGUAUGACUGCAGAUAUAGAGUCUAUAUUUAUUUUACACAAUAGAGCAGUAAGAGCUAUUUAUCAAUUGGGUUCAACAACAUCACUUAGAGAUAAAUUAAAGAUAUUGGGAUAUUAACAGUUCAUAUACAAUUUUAUACUUUAUGUUAGAAUCAAUAUUAACAAUUACAUUAAACAUAGUCAUGUACACAAUUUUAAUACUAAAAACAAAGAUAAACUUGUUUUACCGCCAUGCAGGCUAAAGAAUCUAUCAUCAUUUAUGGGUCAAGGUAUACACUACUAUAACAAAAUUCCUAUGGAAAUUUUAAAUUUACCGUUGCCUAAGUUUAAAACCUAUAUUAAGAAUUGUCUAUUCAGUAAAGGAUAUUACACUGUAAAUGAAUAUUUAAGCGACAAAGCUUCUUGGUGUUAAAUAUAGCUCACUUCCAUGUAUAUCAAAUUGUUUAUCGGUGAGCUUUUUCGUCAAUCGAAUCACAUGUGUAGUCAAACACAUGUGAUUAGAUUGAAUCACAUGUGUAAUCAAACACAUGUGAUUAGAUUGACGAAAAUACUGUUUUACUCUUAUAUUUUCUAAUAUUGAAAUGGAAAGUGACUUCAUAUUUUAAUGAAGUCAUUUUUCAAACUUGACGCUCUGUAUGAAAUAAAACAGGGAGAAAAAAGCAGCCCUUGCCGAGUUUCUUGCCGGUUCUUCUCGGUACAAGGUCUCCCGCCGUAGAUUUACGAACCAAUGGCGGAGCAUUCGACUUUCACAAGUGCUUGUAACAGCCUUGACUGAAUAAAUAAUUUUGAUUUGAUUUGAUACAUUGACUAAGGAAAAUCUUAUCUAUUACCAUGGACGUUUAUAACAAUUAUUUAUCGAAAAAAAAAGUUUUUCUGCUCUGAAGAACAACUUUUUUUUUCGAUAAAUAGUUUAGUUUUGCGGAUUUCUACGUGUUUGCUUUCCAGCGUCGAUAUCAGAACGGAGAUUUAAAUAUCUCAUACGUAAAUCGAUUAUUAUAAUAUCGAUAUUCACACAUCGAUAAUUAUUGCCCAAGCCUACUGUCAUUUAGUUUGAUGAUGUUUGAAGCGUCAUGACAACGGAUAAACCUCAACAAACAAGAAAAGAGUCGAAAUGAAAUCAAGUCAAAAAAGUUUAAUAAAAUAAAAUAGAAAUUUAACAGAAAUCGAUUAAGUUAACAAAAAUGAUAGUUUUCAAUAUAUGGUCUACCUUGCAGUGGUAUUUGAGACCUUUCAUCAAAUGGUUUCUUAGAAAAACUACUCGACUCUGCGAAUUGCAGAGGAUCUGCUAUGGUGAGAAACCUGGAGCCUCGAGGACAUGUGCAAUAGAAAAAUCUUUGCUGUUAUCCCGCACCCCAUGUGUAAGAGAGAUAGUUUCUUACUUGGAUUCAGUAGUGUAUGACAGAAGAUUUAUUCCAGAAAAUUUCAGAGAAAUCUUAGAUCCAUCAGUAUCCGUAAUAAUGAGAGCAAAAAACAUUAAACCAUCACUUCAUGGGCCCUUCAUCACUUCAUUUAGAAACUGUCUUGAACAAAUUUGGAGUUACAAAUCUUUAGUAGAUGAGGUUGAAGAACUUCGUCGCUCUCAAUUUGAUAGUAAUAAUCCUGAGCACGAGGAAAAAUUGCUCAGAUUGUGGACAUUAUUAGUUCCCGAUGUUAAACUAGAAUCAAGAGUAACAAAGCAAUGGCAACUCAUUGGAUUUCAGGGUGAUGAUCCAAAAACGGACUUUCGUGGAAUGGGUGUACUUGGUCUGGAGAAUCUGUUAUAUUUUGCUUCUGAAUAUCCACAAGCUUCAAGUCAUGUCUUAAGCCAUUCUCUACAUCCUAAAUAUGGGUACACAUAUGCCAUUGUAGGAAUCAAUAUAACAUCAAUGGCAUAUUAUCUGUUGCAAGAUGGCUCAGCUAAAACAUAUAUGUUUAAUGCUAAACAACAUAUGCCUAAUGUAAACUUGUUCCAUAGGUUUUACUGCUACCUCUUUUAUGAAUUUGAUAAAAUGUGGAUAGAGGCAAAACCUGAAAACAUAAUGGAGUUCUCUAUUAUUUUUAAGAAAUUUGAAAGUGCUAUAAGAACAGAAUUAGCAGAUCCAGCUACAGUAUUUAGAAUAAAUAUUGAAAUAGACACAAUUUAGUGUAUGGACAUUUAUAAUUUAAGUAGGAACAAAAGUACAUUGUCAGUUGUAUUAUGUAUGACAUACAAUUUACAUUUCUUUCAGCUAUCAUGUAAUGAUGUGAAUUCAUACUUAAUGACAAUAAGUUUGUACUAGUCACAUAGCACAAUACAUUUCAAUAUGAAUGUUGUUUAUGAAGCAAAGCACCAAUAACGUUUGACAUGGCUUUAGAUGUGUAUUUAUUGAAAUUUGUAUAUUUAUUGUAAAUUAAAAUUAACAAUAAAAUAAAACUGGAUUAGAAUCAUCUUUGUUAAACAAAAUCUUCACCCAAUUUACAAACUCAAAAGAAAUAAUCAAUUUAUUAUGUAUGAUUUCAUUAAUCAUCUCAACUUUGCAUGCAAUAUAUAAAUUCAAAGGCUUACAAUACUAUUUUAUAUCUGGAUCUGGCAGAGAAUCUUAACUUAUUAUGUCACAUCAGAACAUGGGCUUAAUUGCAGUUAAAAUUAAAUUUUAUAUAGAUUAUGUUACUAAACAUGAGGCUGUGGUAUUUGCAUAUUAUUCCUUAUUGUAAAUCCUUAUUAAAUAAAAGAUAUUUUCAUUCAAAUAUGAGCUAUCUCAACUAUUUAACUAUUUUUUUAUUUCUUACAUACCUAAUACAUACAAAGUAGAAAUAUUAGAUCUAAUAUUUCUACUUUUGGAAAAAAAAUCUUUUUUCUAUUCCAUAAUAUUUUAUUUUAUAUAUCCAGUUAAUUAAAAAUAAUAAUUGGACGGACAUCUAUACAUGAACAUAUUAUUUGUAUAGUAACAGAUACAGAACAAAAGUGGCUCAAACAGUAAGUACAUUCAUACUGACUGCUACUAUAGCUUGAUGAUACUCUUAUGUCUUAUAUACGUAGGAAAACCUUUUUUCCUUUAGCAACUGAAAAAAGGAACAAGAAGACAGUGGAAAGAGAGCUAAUGAUACCAAUUCAGUUACUAUUAAAAUAUAUCAAUAAAAUACUCAUAUUUAUAGAUUAUAAAAGUAUAAAUAAAAACAAUUCAUUUUAGUAGUAAAAUUUAACAAUGAAUAUAUAAUGAAAAUAUAUCAGUUUCACAAUUAUACAAUUGAAUCAAAAUAUAAAUGUCAAUUGAAGUAAAAGUUUCAUUUCAUGGUUAAUUCUUCAUACAAAAAUCCAAUCAAAUACACUUUAGCUUUUGUAGUUGGCAUGUUGUUUCGUUGUUUAAAUUAUUGUUUUGAGUUUUGUAUUAUGACUUGUAGAAAAAAACUAAAAAUGAAUUUUUCACCCUCCUAUA